UCCCAGCGCUCGGGCUCCCCAUGGCGCUGCGGCUGCGGUCCCGGCCCUGCCCGCCCCACGCCGGAGGCGGCACCGCUUCUACUUAAAGCGCGCUCCUCCUCUUUCUCCUCCUCCUCUGCCAGUGCCGCGGCCUCAGCCCCGCCAGCAUGUCGGACAGGCUGCCGUACAAAGUGGCUGACAUCAGCCUUGCAGACUGGGGUCGCAAGGCCAUCGAGAUUGCAGAGAAUGAGAUGCCAGGGCUGAUGAAGAUGAGGGAGAUGUAUGCUGCAUCAAAGCCCCUGAAGGGUGCCCGGAUUGCUGGUUGCCUUCACAUGACUGUGCAGACUGCAGUUCUCAUAGAGACCCUGACAGCACUGGGAGCUGAGGUACAAUGGUCAAGCUGCAACAUUUUCUCCACUCAGGACCACGCUGCAGCUGCUAUUGCAAAAGCUGGGGUCCCUGUGUUUGCCUGGAAAGGGGAGACUGAUGAGGAAUAUUUGUGGUGCAUCGAGCAGACCCUGUACUUCAAGGAUGGGCAGCCCCUCAACAUGAUUUUGGAUGAUGGUGGAGAUCUUACCAACCUAGUUCAUACCAAAUACCCACAGCUCUUGAAAGGAAUUAGAGGCAUUUCGGAAGAGACAACCACUGGAGUUCAUAACCUCUAUAAGAUGAAGGCCAAUGGGACCCUCAAAGUGCCAGCUAUCAAUGUCAAUGACUCUGUCACCAAGAGCAAGUUUGACAACCUUUAUGGCUGCAGAGAGUCCCUGAUCGAUGGCAUCAAACGUGCUACAGAUGUGAUGAUUGCAGGCAAGGUGGCAGUGGUGGCAGGGUAUGGUGAUGUGGGCAAAGGCUGUGCCCAGGCACUCAGGGGCUUUGGAGCCAGAGUCAUCAUCACUGAGAUUGACCCCAUCAAUGCCCUGCAGGCAGCAAUGGAAGGUUAUGAAGUUACAACCAUGGAAGAGGCCUGCAAAGAAGGCAAUAUCUUUGUUACCACCACUGGCUGCACUGACAUUGUUCAGGGCAGGCACUUUGAGCAGAUGAAGGAUGAUGCCAUAGUCUGUAAUAUUGGUCAUUUUGAUGUGGAAGUUGAUGCAAAGUGGCUGAAUGAAAAUGCAGUGGCAGCAGUGAAUGUUAAACCUCAGGUGGAUCGCUACACCCUGCGGAACGGGCGCCACAUCAUCCUCCUGGCUGAGGGCAGGUUGGUCAACUUGGGCUGUGCCAUGGGGCACCCCAGCUUUGUGAUGAGCAACUCCUUCACCAACCAGGUGCUGGCACAGAUUGAGCUGUGGACCCACAGUGACAAAUACUCCGUGGGAGUCCAUUUCCUGCCAAAGAAGCUGGAUGAAGCUGUGGCUGCUGCUCAUCUGGAUAAGCUCUGUGUGAAGCUGACAAAGCUGAGUGACAAGCAGGCCAAGUAUCUGGGCUUGCCAAGAGAUGGCCCAUUCAAGCCAGACCACUACAGAUACUGAGCAGGUGGCACUACCCAAAGACCAAACUGCAGGGAUCCAACCUUCCAAAGCUCUUGUGUGUUCUGGGCUCCUGGGAAUGAGCCCUUUGCCAUAUUCCUCUGUGCUGCACAACCCCUCCCCUUACCAAGGAAGCAAGCUUAAGGGCCUUAUUUGUUAGUGAAAGAGGAUCACUCUGACUACUGGGAUUUAGAAUUGGUUAUCUAGCUAAUGACAUGGUGAAAACAAUCCUGGGCACCUUUUAUUGACUCCUAAUGUCCCCCAGAAGGGACAGAAGGUUGCUAAAUGAAAAUGCAUCCAUGUCAAGUGCACACAUACUUGUCAGACAUGUGGCUGGUAGCCUCUUUGAACAGGCUAACCAGAAAGAUAAGGAACAGUUCCUCCAGGGAGAUGAAUCCUGUUAGGAGGCUUCAGUGUCAGGCUUCUCCACAAAGGUGCCCUUAGCUGAAGUGCAUGUUGUGAAAUUGGAAGAAAUAGGGAGGAGUAUAGGUUGCUAGGUCUCCUUCCUAUAAAAUCAACAUAAUUUCUUACCCAGAGAUUGGAGCUGGAGAGUUUUUCUGGGUUAGUUUACUCCCAUCAGUUUGGGUCAGAACAAAGAUCCUCCUGUGCUUCUUCAGACCAACGUGAGGAGGGGGGAAGCAAGAGUGACUCUUAGCAGCAGUGUGCUGUCAACAGCUGAGCAGGGGUGGUCAGGUUUAGGGACCUUUUUUGAUCCUCCAAUAACACCAGCAGCACACUUCUACCCCCAACUUGAUUUUUCUCAGAUGUCAUGUCUGCUGUAUCUUGUCACUGACUCAAAGUGCUUUUAUUAAAGAUCUGACUGUGGCCUGA